GAAGCCCUAAACCCCUUGGCAUUUUACCACUCUCUUCUUUCCCCGCAGCCCGCUCUUUAUUUCCUCUGUAUCUUUCGAACCGAAACACUCGGAAUUAGGGUUCUACAGUUGCAUCCCGAAGAGAGGUGCGGGAGGAGAUGGCGAACGAUCAGGAGAUGAGCGGGUGGACUGACCUCCUCCACUCCUCCACCAAGCUCCUGGAGCACGCCGGGCCCUCCGCCCACUUCCCCUCUCUCCAGAGGAAUCUCGACCAGUUGGAGUCUCUCUCCAAGAAGCUCAAGUCUAAAACGAUCCGCGCCGAGGCCCCCUCCCAAUCCAUCUCCGCCACCAGGCUGCUCGCUCGGGAAGGGAUAAAUGCAGAACGGCUCGCUCGAGACCUGAAGUCCUUUGAAUUGAAGACAACUUUUGAGGAUGUUUUUCCUUCCGAAGCAACAACUGUGGAGGAGUAUUUGCAGCAGAUUCAUGAAAUGACAAUGGUUUCAUCCAUCCAAGAAGCUCAAAAGGACAACUUGCGAAGCUUCAAUGAUCACAUGAUGCAAGUUCUGGAGGAGGAUUGGCAGAAGGAAAAGAGAGACUUUUUGCAAAGCUUAAGUCGACUUUCCACAUUACCUAGGGGAAACAGUAGCAUUUUGAGCAGUGGAUUCUCCAGUACUGUUCAGAUGCCACCUCAAGCUUCCAGCCCUCAUGUCUCCAAGACUUCAUCAAACAUGGAAGUUAUGCCUAUGGCUAAUAAGUCAAUAAUUGAGAAAAAAGCUUCAGUAUAUGCUGAAAUCUUGCGAAACCUCAAUGAUGCAAGGGGACGUGGAUUGCAUUUCAAACCUGCUACAGCUUUCAGGGAUGCUUAUGAAAGUAUGGGCCUUGAUUUUUCUGGUAUGAGAUCAGUUACCAUGCAAAAAAUCUGGCAUUUGAUUCAGGCAUUGGUUGGUGAAUAUUCCAAUAAUCGGCAAAAGUUUUCAAGAAAAAUGUCCCUUGUGAUUGGAGCAAGACGUCAUCUUGAAUGGGGCCAUGAGAAGUAUAUACUCGAUAUGAUUAAAACCCAUCCUUCACAGGCUGCUCUUGGUGGAGCUGUUGGCAAUUUGGAAAAGAUUCAAGCAUUUCUCCGGGUGCGGUUAAGGGACCACGGUAUGCUGGAUUUUGACACUACUGAUAUUCGUAGGCAGCCCCCAAUUGACACAACUUGGCAACAGAUUUAUUACUGUUUAAGAACUGGUUAUUAUGAUGAAGCAAAGAAAGUUGCUGAAUCAUCACGUGCUGCCCACCAAUUUGCCCCCCAGCUUGCAGAGUGGAUUGCUUCCGGUGGUUCGGUGUCACCAGAGACUGCUGCUGUUGCAUCUGAAGAGUGUGAAAAAUUGUUAAGAAUGGGUGAUCGAGCAGGAAGACCAGGUUAUGACAGGAAGAAGUUACUACUUUAUGCUAUAAUUUCUGGCAGUCGACGCCAGGUAGAGAGGUUGCUUAGAGAUGUGCCAUCACUUUUUGGCACUAUUGAAGACUUCUUAUGGUUCAAAUUGUCAGCAAUACGUGACUGCCCUGGUGGAUCCUCUUCUAUAGUACUAAGUGAGGGUUUGGUGCCAUAUAACCUGGAUGAUCUUCAAGGUUACUUGAACAAGUUUGAGCCAUCAUAUUAUACGAAAAAUGGGAAAGACCCCCUGGUUUAUCCGUAUGUUCUACUCUUGAGCAUUCAGUUUCUUCCAGCAGUUCUAUACUUGUUUAAAGAAGUGGGAGAGGAGGGCUACAAUGUUGAUGCUGUACAUAUAUCAAUAGCUUUAGCAGACAAUGGAGUUCUUUCAGAUGGGAUUGGAACUGACCGUAAGAUAGGGGUUAUGGAUGCUUGUGCAGAAGUUGCUAGCAUAAUACGACAAUAUGGUUCAGUCUACUUGCGUCAAGGUAACCUUGAGUUAGCUUUGGAAUAUUAUGCACAAGCAGCUGCGGCAAUGGGUGGAGGAGAAGUGUCAUGGAUUGGGAGAGGCAGUAGUGAUCAGCAAAGGCAGCGAAAUAUGAUGUUAAGACAACUGCUUACAGAAGUAUUGCUACAGGAUGGUGGUAUCUCUCUUUUACUUGGUCCAAGAGGCACUGGGGAAGAAGGUGCACUUAGUAAAUAUAUUAUGGAUUGGAAUAGCCGGCAACAGUUUUUGCUUGAGGCAGCUCGUCAAUGCCAAGAAGCUGGGCUUUAUGACAAAUCUGUAGAAAUCCACAAGAGAGUUGGAGCAUUUUCAGUAGCACUGGAAACUGUCAAUAAGUGUCUCUCAGAUGUGAUCUGUGCCAUGUCACGUGGAAGGUUAGAUGGUGAAAGUCGAGCUGCUAGUCUAAUUCAGUCAGGCAAUGACAUUUUGGAGAACUUUAAAUAUUCUUCUGGAGUCAGCCUUCAAGAAAAGGAACCGGUUUCCGAACAGCAAACAGUGUUACGGCAGCUUGAAGCUAUUCUACAUAUCAGUAAGCUAGCUAGAGCUGGCCAGCAUGUUGAUGCUUUGAGGGAGAUCAUUAAGAUCCCAUUCCUGCCACUGAAUCCUCGAGUACCUGAUGUUCACUAUGAUGUUUUCCAGAAAUUGUCCCCACAUGUCCAAGCAUGUGUGCCACAUCUUCUUAAAAUCACUCUUAAUUGUCUGGACAAUGUUAAAGAUACUGAUGGAACACUGCGUGCGCUGAAGUCCAAGAUUGCAAAUUUAGUAGCGAACAACAUGAACAGAAACUGGCCACAGGACUUGAUCGAGAAGGUUGCUCAAAGCAUAUGAAAAAGUGUUUGUCUGUUAGCGUGAGCUGCCACACUCUUCGCCUGUCACCACAGAUGGAUAUGUAACUUGAAAAUGAAAUCAUGCAUCUCCGGAUUAUUAUUAUCCACCUGAGAACAAAUACUUGAGAUGCCAAGUUUUCAACCUACUGAAUAUUCUGUAAACAAAUAUUGAAUCUUAAAUCAGUCUCAGCAAAUCCUAGAGUAGAUGCUUGUAUAACGUGGAAAAGAAAAUCUACAUGAUGGCGAACUAGUCCAUUCUGAUCAGUGUUCCAAGUGUUUUGUAGUAUGUAUAUUUGCUGGAUUUAAGCAAGGUAAUGUAUUAACUAAAAGUCUGGAUGGAUCUGGUUGCAACAUCUGACAGGAAGUUUAUUCUAGAUCUGAAUUUGGAUCCAAGUCUUUGAUUUA